AUCAUUGUCGUCAUCAUCAUCAAGGGUUUUGUGAUGGGGCCCCUCACUAUCUGGAUGGGCAGAUGUAGGGAAGAACACCGACCAGCCAGAAGGUAUGCAGAAAACUACUGUGGGUGUUAAACAGAUUUAAGGCAAAGCUGGGAGGCAUUUAGGCUGCUUGUGGAAGUCAGACUAAAAUAGCAGGACGGCAUUGCAGCAAGAUGAAUUUGGAAAAAGACCAAUCUCAUUUGAAACGCCAUCAGACACCUGACCCUCUUCAAGAAGAGAACCAUGCUCCAGAAUUCAUUGGAACACGGAAUUUACGAAACAGAGAACAACUCAGAAAAAGAAAAGCCGAAGCACAAGAAAAGGAAACUUCACAAUGGCUAUUUGGAGAACAGAAAAAAAGCAAGUGGCAGAGAACAGGAAAGGGAAAUCAAAGAGGCAGAAAGAGACAACAAAAUACAGAACUGAUGAUGGAGCCUCGAUCACAGAUAGAAAAGGAAAUGAUGGAGAAAGUACUGGCACCUACAGUGAAAGGAACUGAGCCACCUGGGAGUGUGUCCAAAGGCCUCCCCCAAGAAGUUGUGCCUGAGGAACACUUUUCUGAAAUACAUCAAGAAAGCAUUACACAUCAGGAAAAUUCUAAGUACCAAGAAACAGCAGUUCAAAAACAUUCUUCUGAAACAUGCCAACAUAUGGCUGAACCUGAGGAUCUCUCUUCUAACGUGUGCCAAGAAAUAACUGUACUUCAAGAUCCUUCUUCUAAAAUGUGCCAAGAUAUGGUUGAACCUGAAGACCUCUCUCCUAACGUGUGCCAAGAAAUAGCUGUACCUCAAAACCAUCCUUCCAAAAUGUACCGAGAUAUGGCUGAACCUGAGGACCUCUCUCCUAACAUGUGCCAAGAAGCAGCUGUACCCAAAGCUCUUCCUUACUCAACAUCUGAAGACAUAGCUGGCCUGGGAGGAUGCUCUUCAGAAGUAUACCCCAAACCAGAUGUACUUAAAGGCUAUAAUCUUGACACAUACCAAAAAAGAGCUGAACCAGAGGAAUACAAUGCUGAACCAGAUCAAGGAACAGCUGAGACUGAAGGCUUUCCUAAAACACAACAAGAAAUAGCUGAGCCUAAAGACCUUUCUACAAAAACAUGCCAAGAAACAAUUGAACCUAAACACUUUUCUCAUAAAAUAUAUAGUAAAGAAAUGACCGUGUCUAAAGGCGCCUCUCAUAAAACAAUCCAAGAAACAGCUCAGCCUGAAGAGUAUCCAACUGAAAUAUACCAAGAAACACCUGGGCCUGAAAAAUAUUCACCUGAAAUAUGCCAAGAAACACCUGGACUUGAAAAAUAUUCAUCUGAAAUAUACCAAGAAACACCUGGGCUUGAAGAAUAUUCACCUGAAAUAAACCAAGAAACACCUGAGCCUGAAGACCUCUCUACUAAAACAAAUAAAAAUAAGGAUAUACCUAAAGGAUUCUUUCCAGAACCACACCAAGAAACAAGUGAGCCUCAAGACCAGAAUCCUAAAGCACACCAGGAAGAUGCUAAGGAUGUUUAUACUUUUCCUAAAGAAAUGAAAGAAAAACCCAAAGCAGAAGAACCAGAAAUGCCAGCAAUUCUGAACAUUCCUGAAGACAUCCAACCAGAAAAUGAUGUUUACAGUUAUGUUUUGUUUUAACAAUACUUGACCAUAAAUCUGUAUUCCAAUGGAA